AUGUCGGGUGUUAACAUGAAGUACCUCUUCGGCACUGAAGCCUAUCUGGAGUGCAUCACUGCUGAUCGACCCGAGGCUGACGAAGCCGAGCUAAGGGCUCAGGCACUGGAUUACAUCAAGAACUUCAAAGAAGGAUUGUCAGAGGACCCCAUCGUAACAAUCGUGACCGGCGAGCUGCUCCGUGAUGGCGACACAGUGGAUACUACCAAUGCUUUUGGUAAGGUCAAUGGUAAACAGAUUGUAGCCAACCAGGCUGUUAUAGACAAGGUGACCAACCAUCUGGAGACUCUCACGGCUUCUGCGUGUACCCCUGUUGACCUUCGCGAGCCAAUGCGCCGAGUUGAACAGAAGUUCUUAUCGGGCCCUGGCGCAGGUGCUAUCAUAGGCGCUCAAGUGAUCGACUUCCAGAAGCAAGAUGGUGUUACCGAGAUCGUCGAAGCGGUCGAAGCCAAUGCAGUUGAGAGGCGUUUCAAUGAUGCUCUCUUCGAAGACGAAAAGAAGGGAGAUGUGAAGAUUCGUCGUUAUCCAGUCUUCGUUGGUUGUGUCAGUAACUUCACCAACUUCCUCGAUCUCUUCCGGAAGUCUAUCAGGAAUAUCGAGCUCGGAGUACCAGUCGUAGUGAUGUCAAGAGGCAACACCUCGCAGCACAUGUUUAGAUGGUCACAGCUAUUGCUCCAGGCGAUGCUCGAGCAGGGUGUGGAUACCAAAUAUCUGACAUUCGUCUCUUGUGGUGUCGAGGAUCAACGUAAGCUCUACAAAGCCUUUCCGAAGUCCGCUAUGUACUUCACUGGAUCGAGAGCUAUUGCUGAAAAAAUCAAGCCUGUCGUCGGUUCUAUGAUGGCAUCGACUGGAGGUCCUAAUACGAUGAUCGCUACGGCGUUCAACAGCAAGGUUGCCGAUGCUGCUCGGAUCAGCAAUUGUAUAGAGAACAAGGGACAAUGCACAGCGCUCCGUCAUCUAGUCGUCCCGAAGGUCACUAAGGAGGAUGUAGCCUCAAUUUACGCUGGUCUGCCUGUUUUCAAUGAUGCCGCCGAGGCUCUGGCGAAGGGCGAAUGUAGCGCUUUGUUGAACAACUCGGCGGAGGGCGAGCUUCCUGAUGGAUAUGAGGCACUUCGACAUAACCCACGAGUCGCCAUCAGGAUGGGUUUCUCCCCACCGACUGACAUCGUUGAACAGUGGCGCGAGUGCUUCUUGGAUGUUACCGCACCUGAGGCUGUUGAUGAUGCCACUGUGGAGUCGUUGUCGAAGUGGUUGAACAAGAAUCAGCCGAUUUCGGUUGCAGUCAACGCUGAUGACGACGGCGAUCUCGCUAUGAAAAUAUUUGAGUCGACUUCUGUCGUCGUAUAUACACUGGGUACGUUAGAGCGUCCUGCGUUGACGGCUCAAGCGAGACCUCAGGAUGGCGAGUGUUUUGGGGAGUUCCCGCCGCGAAAGGAAAUGAACAAGUAUACGACUUUUCCUGUCAUUAUCCCUAGCAGCACACCGGGCUAUCAAUCGCAAUAUACUGAGGAGUUUUUGCGUGCUCAAGCUUCUAAAUCUCGUGGCGAGUAUGAUGCGUAUCUCCAGCUGGCUAGUGAUGAGGUUCUCAAAGGUUACAUGGCUGUCGUUCUUGACUAUUUAUCGGCUGCUUGCGGUCCUAAGAGAAGUCGCCAAAGUGGACCGCGCACUGCGCUCUUUGGUCUGCAACGCCCCCCUAUUGUGCCAGAGUUUGAUACGGUUAUGAGAUGUGAAAAUGAUACUAGUAUGGAUGAAGUUUUGCUGUUCGCACUCCCAUUCGUGCUGACUAAUGCCAUGCCGCAGUUUGUGAUCUCGGUUCCAGCAGAUCUGAAGCUAGACAUGUCGGAAUUCCAGAAGGUGGUCGGAAACGAAGUGAGGAUUGUCAAGGAGAGUCAUGAUGAUCUACAGGCGAGGAAGGAACAGUUGUAUAACGUCUUCAAGCCUGGUUUCCCUGAUGGCAAUUGUUACCCUCUAGCGUCUCAUUUCGUGUCUGUAUAUCUUCCGAUGGGUCAUAUCAAGUCGGUUGAACAAAAUGAUGAGAAGUUUGAGAAGAAGUUCAGAGACUCCAGUAAGAAUCAUCGUGAGAUUGUCGAGGCUUGGGAAAUGGCUGUCGAUGUCCAAGUGNNNNGGAUCAUUGAUCCUCUACGUAUUGAACAAGACUUCGGGAAAUCUAUGUGGUUCUGGGCUGGGUGUACAUCUGACUCGGCUUCCGAUCUCUACCCUGCUGAUGGUAUUGGUAGCUUCAGCGAGGGAGAGCUACAGGAGGCCAUGGCGUCUUGUCUGGUAGCAGACGCCGCUAUCUUGUCAAUCCCAUACAAGCCCAAGUGUAUGUUCUUCCCCCGCAUCAUGUCCAUAGAGUUGUUGGAGUCCGUCCUCGAAGGUCUGACUCUCCCUGUUUGUGGUACUUUCCCCGACUGCGUGGUUAUGAUGCAUUUCCAAGGUCGAACCUUGCUGGAAGAGCCUCAGAAUUGCGAUCUAAGUCAUGGCAAGUGCACCGCCUAUGAUCACCGGAGCCCUGGUUGGCUUUUUGAGAUUGUCACGGGCUGGGGGAGAGAUGAACCCGCCCCCGCUGCCAAACUCGAGUGGAUUCAGAACCUCUAUGAUGCGGUUUUCCCUGCCUCUCUCGGUACCUCCAAUCAGAACUGCGUAGACCUGGACUUGGCUGAGGGUCGUAAGUGGAUUGACCAGUUUUUCCCCAACGCGGAAACCUACCGAAGACUCCAACAAAACUACAACUGCUGGAUCCUUCUCGACGAGCACGAGUACUACUUCUGA